AUGCGACUUCCUUCCACUAUCGGAGCGCCAUCUUGUUCCAUUCCGCUAGUGCCAGAAGACCUGAAAUUUUCCUCUUUUUUGCCUGGGGCAUCUCCGUUGGAUUUGCGUAGCAUCUUUUUUUUUCAUCUACCCCGAGAAAUUCUACAAUUUGUAGGAUCUUACUGUCUUCAGCCGCACUUUUCGACAGACGGAACCAGGGUUUUUAUUAUGGGGGAAUCUUCGCUACUGGAGAUCCAUUGACACGUUUUCUACCGGGGACCUCUUUCCAAACAGAGACCAACAGAGACCCUUUUUCCACCAUAGGGAUUCUUACGUCAUCGGUUUUGAAGCCUUCCUCGCCCAUUUUACAUUAGUUAGUCGAUAAGCUUUCGCAUUAAGGAAGAUCUCCUAGUUUGGCUGGCUUAAAUUCUUGUUGUUAGCCGUUAGUAGAUGUA